GUCCACUCGGACUUGGGCACAAGGGUAACAUCCUGAAGCAUAUUCCUUCACCGAAAAUAUGCAUCAUUCCCAGCUUUUCUUCAUCACGGCGAUGGCGUACCCUUCAUGCCACUUUCUACUCCCGGGCCGAUCUCGUUCCUCGGCAGGCGCAGAAAUGGGAGGCGCGUAGAUUCGGCUUCCCGGCGAUGGUGUAAGGUCGUGCCUUGUCUGAGAUGCUAAUUGAACUCCAGAGCAGAAGGCCCUUCUUAUGGAGACCGCCGGCGUCCUGUUCAGACCGUCGUUGUUCACGCCUUUCACCUUCAAUGCCGUGAGCGCUGUCCGGAAGCCACUCGGUCCGAGGAGCCGCUCAUUCACUAGUUGCAGGAGACCCAGGAUCUCUUCUGUCUCCGUUUCUUGUAAAUCUCCUCCGGACGAAGGAAGUUCCGAUUUUGAUGGCAAUAACACGAGUUCCCCGUUGAAACCCACCUGGGUUUCGGUCAGAGCCUUCAGAAGGAUCAAAGACUUUGCGUAUUCGUGCACCCGGAAGCUGGUUUCUAGUGGGCAAGAACGUGGGGAGCCGGAGGAGGUUGCGGACGGUUGCGGUGGUUGUGGAUAUUUACAGAAUGGAGGGAUAGGGAUUGUUUUGCUGACUUUGACUUACAGUGCGAAGGUCAAGAUCAGUCCUUUCGUCGCGACAUUGGCCGCGAACCCGACUUUUGUUUCGGGUCUGUUGGCUUGGUUUUUCGCUCAAUCGGUGAAGGUGGUACUGAAUUUCUUUGUGGAGAGGAUAUGGGAUUUGAGGUUUUUGUUUGCCUGUGGAGGCAUGCCCUCUUCUCACUCGGCUUUGUGUACUGCUUUAACUACUUCGGUGGCGCUGUGUCAUGGCAUGGCGGAUUCAUUGUUUCCAGUUUGCUUGGGGUUCAGCUUGAUUGUUAUGUAUGAUGCCAUUGGUGUACGGCGACAUGCUGGCAUGCAAGCUGAGGUUCUGAACAUGAUAGUCGAGGAUUUAUUUCAAGGGCAUCCUAUUCGUAAACGAAAGCUCAAGGAGCUAUUAGGCCACACACCAUCACAGGUUGUCGCUGGAGCUCUGCUCGGCUUCGUGGUUGCCUGUACCUGUCAUUGGGCAUGCUCGGUUGCAGCCUGAUCCAUCGGAGAGCAACUUCAGUGUGAUAUAAAUUUUGAUUGAUUGAUGGUUAGCGAUCAGUUUGUGUACUCGGCUCCUCUUCAUGUUCCAUCAGGUCAAAGCAAUAUAUCAUACUUCAUCAAAAAAUCAAAAUUUGAUUCUUGUUUCCCCUCUUCCUUUGGCGAGACAUUCUCCUGAACAUUGAUCAAGCAAUUGAGCAAGUGAAGAUGACUGUUCAUAGA